GUGUUCUUUUUAAUCUGUGUUUGCCAAAACAACACAUGUUUUUCAUGUUGUGAAGCAGAUUUUUUAAAAAAUUUGUGUUUUUUCCUCAUUCCAAAAUGCCGAAGACCAAGAAGAAGUUUAUAGACCGCAAGAAGGCUGUAACAUUUAACUUGGUACAUCGUUCCCAAAGAGACCCUCUAAUAGCUGAUGAGACAGCGCCACAGCGAGUUCUUGUGCCAGUUAACGCUGUAGUACCGCCAAAAAAAGAGAAAGAUCCUGAUUUAACCUUAGAACAGAGAAAGGAAGAGCAACGUAAAUAUGGCAUCUACUUUGAUGAUGAUUACAACUAUCUUCAGCAUCUUAAGGAUACAAAAGAAGUUACCAUGGUCUUGCAGCCAAAAAGUUCACAUAAAAAGAAAGAUAAGAAAGAAACGGAUACAGAAAACAAAGAGGAUACAAAAGAAAUAUCAGAAACAUUGAAACUGCCAAGUUCUGUAUUCGCCUCAGAAGUUGAAGAGGAUGUUGGAAUGUUGAAUAAAGCUGCUUCACAAGGUCUCUGCUUGGAUCUGGACCCUGAAGUUGUAGCAGCCUUGGAUGAUGACUUUGAUUUUGAAGACCCAGACAAUCAACUGGAAGAUAACUUUAUUGAAAUGGCUAUGGGAGAAGGUGAUGACGAUGAUGAUGAUUAUGAUGAAGAAGAUGAGAGCAUGUCUGGUGAUGAAGAUUCUGACAAAGCAUUUGCAAGUGACUUUGAUUCAGAUGAUGAUUCACAGGAUGAAGAAAGAGGGAGACCUAAAAUGCCGUCUUGGCUAGACCGUGACAAAGACGAUACUAAGUCUCGUUUCUCUCAGUAUUCUAUGUCUUCUAGUGUGAUACGACGUAAUGAAGGUCUUUCCUUGUUGGACAAUAGAUUUGAAAAGAUGUUUGCGGAAUACGACGAUACGGAACUGGGAGCAUUAGAUUUAGAAGAUAUAGAUGGCUUCAUGCCGCACUCACAUGACAUGCUGCUCAGAGCUGCUGAGGAGUUUGAGGAGUCGCAGAGGAGAUACAAGCUGGAUAAAGAGAAGGAAAUUGCAAGAUUGCAACGUCUACAAGAGAUAGAAGAAGAGUCAGAGGAGGAGAUGGUGACAGUGGAAGUGGAGCCUAAAGAGAGAUGGGACUGCGAGACCAUACUGUCCACUUGCUCCAACUUGUAUAAUCAUCCUAAACUGAUUGAGGAACCUAAGAAACCUAAAAAAAUUGCAAUCAACACGAAAACGGGCAUUCCAAAAGACACACUCGGUAAAGAUAACAAAUUGACUCGGAAGACAUUGGCCAAGUUCAACGCACAACAUGAACAUGGUGAUCAGAAUUCUGAUGAUGACGGGGACACACAAGCUGACACUGUUCUGUCUACACUUAGCGUAUUAUCUAUAAGACCUAAAGAUGAAUCGCCAGAAGAGAAGAAAGAAAGAAAACGUCUUCUAAAAGAAUACAGAAAAGAAAGGAGAAUAGAGAAGAAGGCGAACAAAGAAGCUUUCAAAGAAGAGAAGAAACGACAAGAGAAGAUUAUGUUGAACAAUAGAAAUAAUGUUCAAGGUAACAAAAUCUUUUAGAUUAGGUAUAAAUGUAUUUUAUUUGUAAAAUUAAUAU